ACCUCUGAGCACCAGCCAAAGGGCUCAACAGCCAGCAACUCCACAGUUUGGAAUCCAUGGGGCGCUGGGAAGGGGCCUUGGGUGUCCUGGAGGCGGGCAUGCCAGUGGUCCAAGCCUUCCCUUCCCAAGCUCCCAGCACAGCGACCCCAGCCCCUGCCCAGCGGCCCAGGCCCAGGCUACCGGGGGUGAGGGGCUGGGCCAGGCUCCCUUCCUCCUCCACAGGGAGGCAGCCCAUUGCCUCUGGAGAGACUGGAGCCUCGCGGGCAGCCAGCAGCACCCCCGGUGGCACAGGAGACACGGCCCCACGUGCAGGAGGGAAGGAAGCCCGGUCCCCGAUGGGGUUGACCGGCCGGCUGGGCUCUGCAGGCAGUCGGAAGCCAGAGCUGCGGCGCAGGACUGAAGAGGUUAACGCGCAUCUGCCUCCGAAUGUUAAUGUGUCUAGGUGAUGUCAGUGGGAGCCGGGGAAGGAGGGAGGGGAGAGCAGUGGGGAUCGCAGGCGGCGGAGACUGCCGGGCAGCCCGAGGAAGACCCCCCUUCCGGACUGCGGGGCUCCUGGGGCCCGGACUCGGGACCGGCGCGGGAGGCUGCGGCAGCCUGCGUGGGUGGACGGGCGAGCGGGCACCCCCGGCGCUGGCGGGAUGGACCUGGAAGCCUCGCUGCUGCCCACCGGCCCCAAUGCCAGCAACACCUCGGAGAGCCCUGAUAACCUCACUUCGGCCGGGCUGCCUCCUCGCACAGGGAGCAUCUCCUACAUCAACAUCAUCAUGCCUUCGGUGUUUGGUACCAUCUGCCUCCUGGGCAUUGUCGGGAACUCCACGGUCAUCUUCGCGGUGGUGAAGAAGUCCAAGCUGCACUGGUUCAGCAAUGUCCCAGACAUCUUCAUCAUCAACCUCUCAGUGGUGGACCUCCUCUUCCUCCUGGGCAUGCCCUUCAUGAUCCACCAGCUCAUGGGCAAUGGAGUCUGGCACUUUGGCGAGACCAUGUGUACCCUCAUCACGGCCAUGGACGCCAACAGCCAGUUCACCAGCACCUACAUCCUGACCGCCAUGGCCAUUGACCGCUACCUGGCCACCGUCCACCCCAUCUCCUCCACCAAGUUCCGGAAGCCCUCUGUGGCCACCCUGGUGAUCUGCCUCCUGUGGGCCCUGUCCUUCAUCAGUAUCACCCCCGUGUGGCUCUAUGCCAGGCUGAUCCCCUUCCCAGGGGGCACCGUGGGCUGCGGCAUCCGCCUGCCCAACCCAGACACUGACCUCUACUGGUUCACCCUGUACCAGUUUUUCCUGGCCUUUGCCCUGCCCUUCGUGGUCAUCACGGCUGCCUACGUGAGGAUCCUGCAGCGCAUGACGUCCUCCGUGGCCCCCGUCUCUCAACGCAGCAUCCGGCUGCGAACAAAGAGGGUGACCCGCACGGCCAUCGCCAUCUGCCUGGUCUUCUUCGUGUGCUGGGCGCCCUACUACGUGCUUCAGCUGACCCAGCUGUCUCUCAGCCGCCCGACGCUCACCUUUGUCUACCUGUACAACGCGGCCAUCAGCUUGGGCUAUGCCAACAGCUGCCUCAAUCCCUUUGUGUACAUCGUGCUCUGUGAGACGUUCCGGAAACGCCUGGUCCUGUCGGUGAAGCCAGCGGCCCAGGGGCAGCUCCGCACCGUCAGCAAUGCCCAGACAGCUGAUGAUGAGAGGACAGAAAGCAAGGGCGCCUGACGCUUCCCCCUGCCACCCUGGGCACCUCCACGUCAGGACUCCACAGCAGACCGUGGGGAGAGACGCUGAGAGCAACCCAAGACCGCUCUGGGAGGUUGUGGGGAGACGGGGUGGUGAGAGGUGGUCACAGACCACUGGGGAGGCUUAGCGCCGGGUUUGGGGGCUCCAAGCAUUAGAAAUCUCCUUCAGAGAGCUGGAUGGACCUUCAGGUUGAACAGACACUGAGCAGGAAGACUGGUUUAAAUGUUCACUGAGCCCUACACCUGCUAGCUCUCACAGGUCUUUUUCCCAAGAGGAGAAGUAGAAGGCUUCUGGCCAAAUUUGUUAAAAUCAGGCAGGGCUGGGGUGUGCACAGCGGUACAGCACAGGGCCCUGGGGAGAUGGGAAAGGUGCCAGAGCCUCAGUGCCCUUUCUUGUCUCUUAUGGGUAGGAUGGAAGGCAGCCUUUCUCCCAAGCUGGAGGAUGAUGAAGAAUAAAGCAUGCGGGCUCUCCAGAUUCAAGCAUCCUGUGUCACUUUCCCUUUAUCUCUAAGCGAUGCAUGUUUCUCUGGGGGGUGGGGAUGGGGCUCUGAGCCCACAGAGGUAAAAGCCCAAUUUGCUGGGAGAUCUACUACCCGGGAAUGACAAGGCUAUCGGGUGGGUGCGGGUGGGGGCUUUGAAAUUAAGAAAAAUGGGGAGGGGUGAGGGGGCUUUGCAGCUGUGAGGACAUUGUCUCCAUGGGGUGCAUUUGUCAGUCACCAGAUCCAGAGUGACACCCAUCAGGGUCCUGCACGUUCAGGGUUCAUUCUAAGGCCUGGAGCUUUGGACAUCAGCUUUUUGCUCCAGCCCUUUCUCUCUGAAGUUAAAAAAAAAAAAAAACGAAUAAAGGAAAAUCUCCACCCACAUCUCUCUGGAUGCUCCUGUAUAAUUGCUUGGGCCUGAGGGUUGGGGGGAAGCAAUGAGGGUGGGUGGCCAAAUAGGGAAGGAGGGGUCUCUUGGCUGUGGAAUCCAGACCUUGGUUCAGGCUGCAUUGUAGGAAGCAAGAAGCAGGGGAUCUGCAUGUCUAAACCCACAGGGAAGAUGACAAAAAUGGAAUUACUGUGAAUUCAUUAAACGAAAAAUUCGCUGCCAGGCUUGUUCUCGGACUCAGCUUCCCAUCUUCUGCUCAAAAGCACUUGGUUGUUACCAUUGCCAGCUGUAACGAGUCCCACCCACCACCUCCUCCGCUGAGUCACAAGUUGCAGGGCUGGCUUCUUGGGGCAGCCUGAACCUGAGCCUGCCUCUUGCUGCGGCUGCGAAGAUCGUGAGCCACGUUGAGCAGGAAGAUUACAGAUGGGGCCGCUGGGCGGCAGCCAAGGAUGCUGCGUCUCAGCUUCUUCAAGAGAAAAGCCCGGAGCCAGGAGUCCUGCAUGAAGACGUGGAUGAGACAGUGGGAGCAAACUAUGCAUCAACCAGAGCUGCAGCCACUCUCUUGAGAUCAUGAAGUGACAAGUACAAGAAUGCAAACCAAUGCUCCAGGGCUGAUGGGUCAGGAAGACCAAGAGAACAUGGGUCCCCAAGGGCAUCAAUGACUUGCUGAACCAACAUCAACCUCCAGGCUUCUAGGUGUGCAAGAAAAUAAAUCCCUAUUUGUUUAAGCAACUGUUCUGUUAACCCUCCUGAUAAUGUCCUAAGCUUCCAACCUAAAUCUUCCUGGUUUAGGAAGUACAGACCCCACCCUAGCUCCACAGAUGGGGCCCAACUGGCUUUAACCAGUCGCUAUCCCAUCUCCGUGUUCACAGUGGUUCAUUCAGGGGAGGUGAGAACAACCAAUGGGAAGUAAGAAGUCAGCCAGGAUUUCUGGGAAGGAAAGUGUUGAUUCUUCUCUGUUUAGAGCUACUGAACAGGGUACCUCCCAACCCCCUACUCUAGACCUGACCCAGGAAGCACACGGCUCCAUGAACUGCCAGCAGCCACCUUGGAGUAAAGCUAGGGUAAAACCUUCCUGAGAAUGAAGCCAGUUCAGAAGUAUCAGAGCUGAAAGAGAGAGGGUGAGAAUCAGUUGACAUUGUUUGGGCCUUGAUCAGCCUUACCUGAAGCUAGGAUGCUCUUGAACUGUAUUAUUAUAGGAGUCAAUAAGUUCCCUUUAUUUUAACAGCUAUUUCAGUUGGGCUUUCUAUUAUUUGCAGUUAGGAAGUCCUGAUAAGAAAGAUAUGAACAUUUUAGUUGCAGCAUUCGAACUCUUAGUUUCAGCAUGUGGGAUCUGAUCCCUCCUGCUGCAACUAAGAUCCAGCACAGCCAAGUAAAAAUUUUUUUAAUAAAAGAAAGAUAUGAACAUUUUAAAGAUUAGGUUGGUAUUGUGGACUGACUUGUCUUUGCCCAAAAUUCAUAUGUGGAGAGCCUAACCCAUGUGAUGGUAUUUGUACAUGGGCCCUUAGGAGGUAAUUAUUAUUAUUCUUUUGGGCUGGGUCUUAUGCCGUGCAGGAUCUUUCACUGCAGUGCACUAACUCUCUGGCUGUGGCUUUCAGACUCAGUAGUUGUGGCACAUUGGCUUAGUUGCUCCAAGGCGUGUGGGAUCUUAGUUCCCUGACCAGGGAUGGAACCUGAGUCCCCUACAUUCCAAGGUCGAUUCUUAACCACUCCACCACCAGAGAAGUCCUCGUGAUUAUGUUUAGAUGAGGUCAUGAGGGUGGGGUUUUCAUGAGACGAUUAGUGCCCUGAUAAGACUCUCUCUCUCCACUCACACACACCAAGGAGAGGCCACGUGAGGACGCAGUGGGAAGGCAGCCAUUUACAAACCAGGAGAAGAGCUCUCACCAGGAAAUAAAUCAGCCAGCACUUUGAUCUUGGACUUCCAGCCUCCAGAGCUGUGAGAAAUAAAUUGUCUGUUGUUUAA